CUCCUAUCAGUAGAUGGCAAGGCAAUACAUUGAACGAGCAUAUUCCUCAACAUUGCAUUCUGUUGCUCCUCGUCGUCAUUUGCCGAAUGGUGCGACUCACUGCCGGUCGUCUGUUUUAUAAUACGUGCAAAAUAAAUAACCGUCAAUUGAAUUUUCAACAAUCCCUAUUAAUCCCAGUGCCCGCCUAAUCCGCACAAGUGCCACCGCCAGGACAAUGGGUGAAGCCCAAGGAUUGACCGACAAGGAAGCGAAGGAACUGCUGAAGCUUCCCGAUGCCGAGACCAAGGACUUUCUUUUCCAACAAACCAUGUAUCGGAUCAAGGAUCCUCGAGCGUCGUUACCGUUCUACAAUGAAGUUUUGGGAAUGAAUCUGCUGUGCAAACUGGACUUCCCAGAGGCGCAAUUUUCUCUAUAUUUCAUGGGAUACGAGGACAUUGCCAAGCAGCCCGCUGAUCGUAAGGAAUGUGUCAAAUGGGCGAUGAGCCGCAAGGCAACCCUCGAGCUGACUCAUAACUGGGGUACGGAAUCCGAUCCAGAUCAAAAGUACCACAACGGAAACUCGGACCCGCGAGGAUACGGCCACAUCGGUAUUAUGGUCCCCGAUGUGGAGAAGGCUUGCGAGCGAUUCGAUCGUCUUGGUGUCGAGUACGUGAAACGCCCGGAGGAUGGCCGCAUGAAGGGGCUGGCCUUCAUCAAGGAUCCGGACGGUUACUGGAUCGAGAUCUUCAAUGCGUCGAAGGUGGCCGCGUAAGGUGGCGGCGUUGGUGGAACAGUGCCUUAACCGUUGAGGAGAUUUUAUUUGGUUUAUUUAUGGUUUUCUAUGCGAAACAAAAACUGAAGCAUUUAGUGCCUGGACGCUAUUUGCAAAGAUGUUCGAAACGCAUAUGCUAAUUAUUUAUUCGUUUACGUCACGUUUUUGAGUAUUUGAAAAUAAAAGAAGGUCUGACGUAGGUA